AUGUCGGUAUCUCAGUCACAGAUUUCCCAUCAGAGGACUACUACGACUACAUCAUCGUCGGAGGCGGCACCGUUGGCAGCAACGCUAUCUGAGUAUUCUCGGGUUCUGGUGCUUGAAAGGGGCGGUGUUCCGUACGGAAAACCUAAUCUGAUGACCCAAGAAGGCUUCCUCACCACUCUCAUGGAGGUCGACGCUUUCGACUCUCCGGCGCAAGCCUUCACCUCCGAAGACGGCGUCCCCAAUGCCCGACGGGUUCUUGGCGGCAGUAGUGCUUUCAAUGCCGGGUUCUAUAGUCGAGCCGAUCAAGAAUUCUACGGAAGGUCAGGGGUGAAUUGGGACCUCCGAGUGGUGAACCAGUCCUAUGAGUGGGUUGAGAGGGCUAUCGUCUUUAGGCCGGAGCUCAAGAAUUGGCAAUCGGCAGUCAGAGACGGGCUAUUGGAAGCCGGUGUUGAUCCCUACAAUGGGUUUACUUUGGAUCAUUCAGUGGGUACCAAGAUCGGUGGUUCCACAUUUGACAGUUCUGGUCGUAGACACAGUGCUGCUGAUCUUCUCAGCUAUGCCAAAGCUUCGAAUUUUCGAGUGGCAUGCAUAUGA